AAUGGUUAGGUUAGGAACAAGCCGGUGACUGCAAAGGAAAACGCAAGAAGUCUGUGGAGUGUACCCUUAAAAUAAUUGCGAACAAGGUAAUGUUCCUAGCCACACUGGAGCUGGUUUUCAGUUGUACAUGAUCUAGAUAUAACUGCCGACGAGUACAAGAGGGUUCGGGAGUUGAUCAAAUCCAUUUGCUCAGAAACGUGCAAAGCCAGAAAGAACCGGAGUUCUGUAGUCACCCACAACCAAAAUAACCUGGGUCUUUAAGGUCACAAUGAGGAAGCUGACCAUAUGGACAUUGUGUUGCCUUGCACUUGCACUCCUGCCUUCUCAGACAGACUCUGUAGCUGUGAUGUCUGUAGACCUGGGGAGUGAGUGGGUGAAGAUAGCUUUAGUCAAACCUGGUGUGCCCAUGGAGAUUGUCCUUAACAAGGAGUCGAGGAGGAAAACACCGGUAGCCGUGUGCCUGAAGGACAAUGAGCGUCUCUUUGGAGACAGCGCCCUCGGAGUGUCUGUGAAGAACCCGAAGGUGGUGUACCGAUACAUUCAGAGUCUUCUGGGGAAGCGUGAGGACAAUCCCCAGGUGUUGCUGUACAAGCAACACUUCCCUGAGCACCAGCUAGAGAAGGACGAGCAGAGGGGCACUACCAUCUUCAGGCUCUCAGAAGAGAUGGUGUACUCACCGGAGGAAAUCCUUGGCAUGGUGUUGAAUGACUCUCGCUCUCUUGCUCAGGAUUUUGCAGAGCAGCCAAUUAAAGAUGCAGUGAUCACCGUUCCAGCCUUUUUCAAUCAGGCAGAGAGAAGGGCAGUUCUGCAGGCUGCCCGGAUGGCAGGCGUGAAGGUCCUUCAGCUCAUCAAUGACAACACAGCUGUUGCUUUGAACUAUGGAGUGUUCCGGAGGAAAGACAUAAACGCAACUGCACAGAAUGUGCUGUUCUAUGACAUGGGCUCUGGAAGCACGACGGCCACUAUCGUCACUUAUCAAACUGUGAAGAACAAAGAGUUGGGAACACAGCCCCAGCUCCAGAUCAGAGGAGUAGGGUUUGACCGGACACUGGGAGGAUUUGAAAUGGAGCUUCGUCUGCGAGAGCACUUGGCCAAGCUGUUUAACGAGCAGAAGAAGUCCAAGAAAGACGUGCGGGAGAACAUGCGGGCCAUGGCUAAGCUCCUCAAGGAGGCCCAGAGGCUAAAGACCGUGCUCAGUGCCAACGCUGAAUUCAUGGCUCAGGUGGAGGGUCUGAUGGAUGACAUUGACUUUAAGGCGAAGGUGACUCGUACUGAGUUUGAGGAGCUGUGUCAGGAUCUGUUUGACAGGGUGCCAGGACCUGUCCAGGAUGCCCUCACCUCAGCUGAAAUGUCUCUCGAUGAGAUCGAGCAGGUCAUUCUUGUGGGAGGAUCAACUCGGGUACCCAAGGUCCAGGAGGUCUUGCUGAAGGCUGUGCGCAAAGAGGAGCUGGCGAAGAACAUCAAUGCUGACGAGGCUGCUGCCAUGGGAGCCGUCUACCAGGCAGCGGCCCUCAGCAAAGCCUUCAAGGUCAAGCCUUUCAUCGUGCGAGACGCUGCCGUUUUCCCUAUUCAGGUGGAGUUCAGCAGGGAGACUGAGGAAGAGGAUGGAACGAAGAGUGUGAAGCACAACAAGCGCAUCCUGUUCCAGCGCAUGGCUCCAUACCCCCAGAGAAAGGUCAUCACCUUCAACCGCUACGCGGAUGACUUUGUCUUCAACAUCAACUACGGCGACCUCAGUUUCCUCAGUGAACAAGACCUAAGUGUGUUUGGCUCUCUGAACCUCACCACGGUCAAGCUGAAUGGAGUGGGAGAGAGCUUCAAGAAGCACAGCGAUGCCGAGUCCAAGGGAAUCAAGGCACACUUCAACAUGGACGAGAGCGGUGUGCUGGUGCUGGACAGGGUGGAGUCUGUGUUUGAGACUAUUGUGGACGAGAAAGAAGAGGAAUCUACACUGACAAAACUGGGUAAUACAAUCCAAAGUCUGUUUGGAGGUGGAAGCUCAGAACCUAGUGCAAAUGUGACUGAACCAGUCCAGGAUGAAGAGGAGGCUCCUGAGGCGGGUAAAGAAACUGAGGAACAGGUCGAGAAGGAACCGGCCGCAGAAGAGAAGCAGGAAACCGGAGAGCAAACAGCCGAGGAGCCCCAGGCUGAGGAUCAGGCCACCCAAGACGGGGCUGACACCGCCUCGGAGGCAGGAAAGACUGAGGAGUCUGCUGAGAAAUCUGAGAAGGCCCCCGAGGGAGACCAGGCUGAAGCUAAGGAGCCCGAGGAGGACAAGAAGGCCAAACCACUGAAGAAGAGCAAGAUCUCGGUUGACAUCGGAGCAAAUCUCGAGGUCAACGAUGUGCUGGACCCAACCAUAGAGGCCAUUGAGUCCUCCAAGAAGAAGUUGCAGGAUCUGACUGAUCGGGACCUGCAGAAACAGGAGAGGGAGAAGUCCCUGAACAGCCUGGAGGCCUUCAUCUUUGAGACCCAGGACAAGUUGUACCAGGAUGAGUACCAGGCUGUGGUGUCCGAGGAGGAGAAGGAGCAGCUCUCGUCCAAGCUGAGCGAGGCCUCCAACUGGAUGGACGAGGACGGCUACUCGGCCGCCACCAAGGAGCUGAAGGAGAAGCUGUCAGAGCUGAAGAAGGUGUCCAAGGGCAUGUUCUUCAGGGUGGACGAGCGCAGGAAGUGGCCUGACCGCCUGGCCACCCUCGACAGCCGGCUCAACCAGUCUGCCUUCUUCCUCAAAAGUGCUAAACUAAUCCCCGAGGCUGACCAAAUCUUUACUGAAGUGGAGCUGAAGACUUUGGAGAAAGUGUUAAAUGAAACCACUACUUGGAAGAAUCAGACGGUGGCUGAACAGGAGAAGCGGUCGCCCUCCGAGAAACCUGUGCUGCUGUCCAAAGACAUUGACGCCAAGAUCUCCCUGCUGGACCGCGAGGUCAACUAUCUGCUCAACAAGAUGAAGUUCACCAAACCCAAGCCCAAGCCCAAACCCAAGGAGAAGAACGGCACCAGCUCCGAGAGCAGCAAAGCCAACAGCAGCUCAACCACCACAGACGAUAAGCCAGAAGCUGGAGAAGAGGUUAACCCUGCUGAAGAGGUUAAUCCCGUGGAAGAGCCACCUGCAGCAGACAAAGAGGAGACGGCAACAGAAAGCGAAGCACAAACACCAGAAGAAACAACAACAACAACCGAGAAAGUUUUGCACAGCAGGAGAGAUUUGGAACAGUUGUAACACACAUCUCCAUACUACUUUACAGUUACGCAAAGAUCAACCAGAAGACAGCAAUUCAAAUCAUAAAACAGAUGAGUUAUAACAACUGGAACUAAAGUAUCUCCUUGUAUUUAUUGACUUGUGUAAUGGUUCAGGUUUUCUUUGUCAGCCCGUCAACUUUCAAUAUUUUUUUUUUUUUUUUUGCGCGUUAAGCAGAAGGUUGGGUCAGAUCGGACACUGUUUGAGGUGUACAUUUUUCAGCGCCAUCUGAGAUGGCAGUCAACACGGCAGGAGCGGACCUGGCCCUGUAGUGGCCUGAACCAGCCUCCCCUCUGAGCCCCGUCAGGGCCAGGUCUGGGCCCCAUCCGCCUCCCUAGACUUAACCUGCCGUUGAGGGGUCAUAGAUUUCUUGGUCCCCUUUAUCUUUCACAAAGUUUGUGAACAGCCGGAGAGCCCUACCCCAACCCCAGCACCCUCGCCCAUCUUCACCCCGCCGCACCCCCUCCUCUGUCACCAACACAACUCUGAAUGUUCAGCACACACAAGAACAGUUCCACAACUGGACAGAAAAAGAAUGUGGAGCCCUUGCUUGUAACAAGAGGUAGUCAUGGGUUCAGUCUAUUUAAAAAAAAAUGGUUCCAUUUAGAAAGUUGUUCACUUUCCUUUGGUUCCUCUUUAGCCAUCUAUCUGCAUUGACAUGAAUGCUGUGCAUGCUGAAUAUGUAAGAUCCUAACAUGUCAGUCCAUUUUUAUAAACUGGAAUUACAAGCAAGGUUAUACAAUUAAUUUGGACACAAGCCACUGAGUGUUGCUAAGUUGGAUCUUCAGUGUACAGUGUGGAUGUGUUUUUAUAUAUAUAUAUAUAUAAAUAGAUCUAUAUAUAUAAAAAUAUACUUAACUAUCUAAAGCAUGGUUUUAACCAGUCAUGCCUAAUUUAAAAUGAGCUUGUUCUGUGAAUUAUGUGUAAUUUGGGAGAACACCAGAAUACCAUUUUUAUUAUGUUCUAUGGACUGCUGCAGGACAUGUACUUUCUAUCUACCUUGCUCUUUGGUCUACUUACCUCUCUGCGUAUGGUGUUGAUGAGUAAAUGAGUAUUUUUGCAACAUUAAGUACAUGGAAAUAGUCUCACGAUAUGUGCAAUCUGCACUCUUCUUUGCAUUGUCUCAUUGACUGCUUCUCACCACACAAAGCACUGCAAUCUGUUUUUGUUUUGUUUUGUUUUGAUGUUUGUUUUUGCUGCUUUUGG